UGACAAGUGUAUUAUACUAAAAGAGUUUAAAACAUAUUAAGAAACAAAUACUCCUAAAUAAUAUUCUAUUAUUAACAUUGUAUUAGAGCAAGGAAAGAUCCAUUUGUGGCGGAAGAUUUCAGCACUCUGUUUUGUCUUCAACGAUGGCAGUAAAAGAUGGCGGAGAUCAUUCUUCAACAAAAAUCAGCCAUCGAUCAUUUUCUUCAUGGGACCACAUGAUAGUCUGGACAGACUAAGCAACGAUUGACCUGAAAUGGUGGAAUUUGUGGUGGAUCCUUCACCUUCUCGCACGGAGGCUGUAGACAGUAGUGGAGUAACGGAACAUAUAUAUACGGUAUUAUGGGUCCAGCACAUAUUUGUAAUAUUUAUAUUGCUUUUGUAGUCUAUGUUUGGGCCUUUUCAUGGAUUUUUAUGUCCUAUUUUGUGGUCCAUUUGAUAUUGCACUUUGGGAUUCUACACAAGUUUAUUGGGGUUCCUUUUGCUGUAAAAAAUCAUUUUGGAAAGGCUGAGCAUAUGGAUGGAUGGAAACACCACACACGGAAAAACAUAAAGUUUUGACACCAUUUCCAAUUUUCUGCCUGCACUGCGUUGCUUCAUUCAGCUCGUCGAUCGGAUGGGUUCCCGUGGUCGGAUUUUGCUGAAAUUCGGACAGCUUAUUCAUGACUUCAAGUGGCUUCAUUUUGUACGGUCGGAUUGUUCAUUUGAGCUCUGUUUUGUUCAGACACUCUGCUCGAACAGAUAUGCAGUUUUGGGCUUUAUUUCUCUUGAGUUCUUUACCAGACAGUUGGGAAACCUUGGUUGUGAGUAUUAGUAACUCUGCCCUGGAUGGUGUGCUAUCUUUGGAUGUCAUCCAAGAAAGCAUGUUUCAUGAGCAAAUCAUAAGAAAGGUGAUGGGAGUUGAUAAUACACAUGUUCUUGUUGUUGAGAUUAGAGGAAGAAGCAAGAAAAGGGGUCCUAAAUAUCACAAUAACUCAAGAAGCGGGUCAAAGUCUAGUGAUGGGAAGAAUCUCACUACAUGCAAUCAUUGCAAGAAGCCUGACCAUAUCAAGAAGUAUUGUUUCCAUUUGAAAGGGGAACAGAGGAAGAAGAAUGGCUCACAGAAAGAGGGAGAUGACAAAAACAUUGCAACAACAUCUUCUAAGAGUGAUGAUGAUGAUGUUACUUUGAUUUCUGCAACUAGUGAGUGUCAUCAUGUUGAUAGUUCAUACUCAGAGUGGCUGGUAGAUACAAGUGUUUCAUAUCAUUGUGUUCCCGUAAGAGAGUACUUCAUGAACUACGAAACUGGUGAUUUUGGUAGUCUAAGAUGGGUAACCAGAGCUCAGCAAGCAUUGUUGGAUUAGUUGAUAUUCGUGUAAAGACUAAUAUUGGAUGCAUACUUACACUAAAAGGUCUGUG